CUUCCUCCUGAUGGCCUACCUGCUGCCCCACAACCAGUCAACAUCUGUAACUAGCAUGACCACCCAUUCACAGUUUUUCGGUUAGCAGCGGGCAGCAAAAUGGACAGCGGCCUCGCAGGCCUUGCCGCGGGUGUGGCGCUGCUGCGUCGCGAGCUGGACGGCAUCGAUGAGGCAAUCCGCGAGGAGCAGCUGGCAGUGUCGGCGCUGCAGCGGCAGCUCAACUCCGCGGGCGAGCAGCUGGCGGCAGAACGCGAGCGCGCCUGGCUGCUGGAGGCGGAGGCGGCCGAGGCGGGCGCGGCGGAGCAGGACCUGCGGCUGCUGGCGGCCACCCUGCAUCAGCAGGCAGCGCAGCUGGGGGCGCAGGAGCAGGAGCUCAAGGACCGGUUAGCCGGUGGGCGGGCGGCGCUGGAGGCGCAGGUUGCAGAGCUGGAGCAGGCAGCGGAUGCGUUCGAGGCGCAGCACGGGCCGGCGGCGUGGUAUGAGGUGGCCCGCACGACGGCACAGCGGCAGUCGGCCCUUGAGGUGGAGCUGCCGUCGCGGCAGGCGGAGCUCAAGGCAUACAGGCUCGACUGGAAGGCCACGGGGGAGGCCCUUGAAGAGGAGCGAGCGUCAACAGCAGCCCUGCAAGAGGAGAUAAACGGUCUGCAAUCAGGCCUCGCCGCCGCAUCACGUGCCGUCGAGCAGUGGUCGGCCAAGCUGGCGGCGCACGAGGACCCCAGCCACCAUGUGAGCACACUGCUGCAGCGGCAGCGCGAGGAGCUGGCUCGCAUACGGGAGCAGGCGGAGCAGGCAGACGGGGUCGCAGAGGCGGCGGCAAAGGAUGCAACCGUCGUGGAGUCUGAGCGCAGUGCACUGCAGCUGGCCUCCCGCACAUUGGAGGAGCAGAUGAAGCAGCUCCAGGCGCGCAUUGGCGAGCUGGUACCUGAGGACGACGAGGAGGACACCCAGCAGCUGCAGCAGCAGGCGGCGCCGCAGCGCACGGCGUGGCAGCACGCAUCAGCGGGCCCUGGCGGCGGCGCUGGACGGCCCCAGGGCGGGUACGUGCAGCAGCCCCACGGCUUCCACCAGCAGCCUGCCCCACACGAAGAGCAGCAUCAGCGCGGCCACUGGCAGCCACCGCCCCAGUACCCUCAUCAGGCAUACCAACCACCACAGCAGCACACGCAUGCCGGACCAGGAUUCGGUGCUGGGUGGCAGCAGCACCAGCACCACCAGCACGCACCACCAGGGCGCACGCCGCCGUACCCAAACGCGCAACAGCAGCCACUGGCCGCACCACCACCUGGCAGCAGUAGUAUGCCGCCCAUGCGCCCACAGCCCCAGCACCAGGGUCAUGACCCACAGCAGCACCCGCAGCAGCCCCUCCCCUAUCCGCCGCCGCAGCCCGAUGGCGCAGCUCAGCGUUAUUUCCACCACGCAACAGGGUCCGGCGCUGCCGGCGGGGCUGCUGCGGCGGCGCCUCGUCAUGUGGCUGUGCCGUACACGGUCACGGAGCCGGACUCGGAAGAGGGCGACGCCGCCGCUGCUGGCAGCGGUGUGGACGGCGGCAGUCAGCAGCAGCAGUACGGUGCAGAUGACUGGAAUGCUGGCAACAGCCUGCAGCCCGGAUCCGGCUCACAGCAGCCAUGGCAAGGGCAGCCAGCGGCCGCACAUGCCGUGCCAGCAGGAGACGGCGGCUACCCGUUUGACGUGUCGUCGCAGCAGGGCCCUGCUGGUGACACCGCCGCCAUGGACGACGUGUGUGCGCUGGACAUCAUGGAAGAGGAAUUUGCUGACGUGGCCACGACCAGUGCAGCAGGGCUACGUGGCAUGCGCUCCAUGCAGCAUCAGCCUCCCGGCGCUGGCAGCAGCUGGGCCAGCAGGCAGCGCCAACAACAACCCCGCACCGGUACUGGGUCCGGCACGGGCCGAGGAGGAAGCGGGCAGGGCAGUGGGCUGCAGCGGCAAGGCAGCGAUGAUGGAGGUGAUGACGGUGGUCGCUUCACUGGCGGCCUGGGAAGUGGGCGUCUCAUUGGCGACGGAAGGCCUGCAGGCGGCGGCGGCGGCAUUGGCGGGUUUGGGGCGUACGGCGGUCUGCCCCCACGACACCCCUCUCCCGCCGUCUCGGGCAGCGGCUCGGGCAUGUCAGCUGGCAGUGGCGCGGGCAUGGACGCGGGGCCGUGGGCGCAUCACGAGCCACAGGUCCAGCAGGUGGCGCGGGCGGCGGGCGGGUUUGCAGGGCAGCCGGCGGCGGAGGCAGCAGCGGCACGGCCCCUUGUGUACCAGGAGACGGUAAUCACACGCACGCUGCAGGCCUCGCCCAACACAGUGCUGCGCAACACGGUCACCAUCAAGGAGCUCCACCGGCCCGCUGGCCCCACCCCGCAGCAGCCCCCGCGCGGCGGCGCACAGCGGCCGGCGCCAAGCGGCGGCAGCAGCGCGGCAGGUGCCGGCAGGGGACAGGCCCCGCCUGGCGUCUGUAGCACAGUGGUGGUGCAGGAGCAGCUCACGCGCAUCAAGUUCGACCCCAACGCCGCCGGGCCGCCACCGGGCCCUGCUGGCGGCCCGGGCAUGGGCGCCAGCAUGCCUGCCGCCCCUGCACAUGCGGCUAACGGCACGGGCGGCCUACGGCUGACGGCGGGAGCCCCUGCUGUCGGCGGUGGCGGCAGUAGUGGCGCGACUGCCUUCAUGCCCAGCGCCACUGCGGCGGCUGCAGCGGCGGCCCGGGGUACGUCACCGCCCCAGCCAGCACCGCAGCAGCAGCCUUCCUUCCCGCCGCAAGCUGUGCCGCCGCCGGAUGCUCAGCCUCCCGCCCCCGCGCAUCGGCCGCACGUUCAGCAGCUGCAGCCACGACGCCAAGCGGUGCAGCAACAGCUGCAGCGGACGCAGCCACAGCAACCGCUCCAGCCACAGCAUGCCGCCAAUGUGUCCGUGCCACAGCAGCGCCCACCGAUGCCAGGAGCCCCCCAGCCGCCGCCGCAGCACCAGCCACAGCCGGACGGCCCUGCUUACGGACCAGCUGCGCGAUGGCCUCCUGCCGCCGCCGGCCCGGCUGCAGCGCCCCCACACCACGCUCAGCAGCCGCAGCCGCAGCCGCAGCCGCAGCCGCCGCACCAGCAGCAGCAGCAGGCGGCGGCAGGCCGCCCCCACCUGCCGACAGCGCCUCAGCCCGGUUCUCAGCCGCACCAGCAGUGGCAGCCGCCAAUUGGCUAUGCAUCCCAGCAGCAGCAACAGCAGUGGCCGCAUCAACAACCGCCGCCGGCUGUAUGGGCGCCCGUGCCGUCCUGGGGCGGCCAGCAGCCACAGCCACAGCCACAGCCACAGGCACAACAGGCGGCGGUUUCGCCUCAAGGCCCCACAUGGCAGCAACAGCAACAGCAACAGCAACAGCAGCACCACCAGUUACCCUACCAGCAGCCCCAGCAGCAAUGGUACGGAGCGCAACAGCCGGGGUCCGCUGCGGCUGCUCCUACCGGAGGCUGGCCCAGCAGCACUACCGCAGCGCAGCCGCCAGUACCGCAAGCCAACGUAUCAGCUGCAGCCGGCGGGAGCGUGGCCCCUGCUGCCCCUGCUGCAGCCCCAGCAGCGCGGGGCAGGAAGCGGGCUGCUACUGUUUCACAGCAGCAGGCAGCAUCAGGCGAAGCAGCUCUGCAGAGGACAGGCAGCAGCGGCUCACUCUUAGGCGGAGGCGAGGGCGCGGCUGCCGCACCCCCGCAGGUAGUAGUAGGCGGGCGUCGUGGCCGUGGGGCCGGGGCGGCUGCUCGAGGGGGAGAAAUGGCGGGUAGUGGCGCGGCAGCCGGAGGCGGUCGGGGUCGGGGAGGGCGAGGGGGCGCGCGUGGCAAGGGCGGCAAGGCGGCGGCAGCAGCGGGCGAGGGAGAGAAUGCGGCGCCGCGCGUGGAUGCGUUCGGGGGAAAGAUAGAGUGGCAGGGGCUGUAGUAUGUGGCAAGGGACACCAUUACGCC